AUGACAGGAUUAAAUGAAAUGAUGAACAACAGUUGCACUGUUUGCAAUGUUCUUCACACAGUCAACAACCAUUCAGAAAAUGAGGAUGACCACAUUCUGCAUUCUUCACCAAAUUUUGAUAAACAUGUUUGCAAUUGUUCAUCAAAUAUUGAUGAACAUGUUCACAAUUGUUCGUCAUCAAAUGUUAAUGAACAUGUUCAAAAUUGUUCACCUGAUGAUGAACUGACAAGCAUCUCAAAUGAUGAGCUAAAUGAAUCCUUCUCAAAAGACAAAUUUUUAAUUUCCCAACUUGACUCUGACCAGUACAUCUCGCUGGACAUUGUUGUUCAACUUAGAAGGAUAUCCCAAUUCACCACCGAUGUUAAAUUGAUUGCUCGAAUACUUGAAGAGUUCCCCAAUUUACAAAUGGAUGCCAGCGGCUCGAAGGUGCGACUAAUAAUCCCAAGAUCAACAAUUAUACUCAGGGAUGUUCCACAGAGUACUCCAAAGCAGGCUAUCGAAAAGUUAUUUGACAUAGAUGGCAGUGCACCAGCUGUUAACUGUGAGUAUGCAGGCAACCAAAAUUGGUACAUCAACUUUGCGAGUGAACAACAGGCGCGGGCAGCUUACCAUCACCUCAGGCAGAAUGUCCAAACCUUUCUUGACCAGCCAAUCAAAGUUUUUUUUAUUUAUCUUCACAGUACUAGAGCCCUGUGCAGUUACAAAUGUUCAAGACGCAACGGUAACGAAGCAAACGGCAACCAAUUGCUAAACACAGCGAAGGAAGCCGCAACCGCAACGAGAUCAACCGCAAACCGCCCCGCGGUUAAACCGCCCAUCCGCAGUUUAACUGUCCGAGGUUAA